AUGGGAGAAAAUGAUAUACAAAUUGUAUCCAUCUAUGUGGAUGAUAUAGUGUACACAGGAAGCAAUCAAGGAAUGUUGAAUGAGUUCAAGAAAGACAUGAAAGAGAAGUAUGAAAUGACAGACUUGGUACUUCUCCAUCACUUUCUACGAAUGGGGGUGAUUCAGACAAAUUCAAGCAUCUUUAUUCACCAAAGAAAGUAUGCAUCUUCUUUGUUGAAUAAAUUUGGCUUAACUGACUGUAAGCCUGUGUCUACUCCUCUUGUAACCACAAAAAAUUUGAUCAAGGAUGAUGGAAGUGGUGCUGCUGAUGAAGAGAAUUAUAGAAAGCUUGUAGGAAGCUUACUGUACCUUACUGCUACAAGACCAGAUGUGAUGUAUGCUGCAAGUUUGCUAGCUAGAUAUAUGCAUGGUCCUUCUAAUAAGCACUACGGAACAGCUAAGAGGGUGCUAAGUGGAGUCUUUUCAUGGGCUUCUGUCAAGCAAAGUUGUGUUGCUCUCUCAACUGCAGAAGCAGAAUAUGUUAGUGCUUCAGAAGCUAUAACUCAAGCUAUAUGGCUUAGGUUUGUCUUGGAGGAUUUUGGUGAACUACAAACAGAAGCUACUCCUAUGAAAUGUGACAACACAUUUGCAAUCUCAAUCACAAAGAAUCCUAUGAAAUGUGACAACACAUUUGCAAUCUCAAUCACAAAGAAUCCAGUUUUUCAUCAAAGGACAAAGCACAUUGACAGGAGGUAUCAUUUCAUUAAGGAUGCUCUACAACACGGUUGA